UUAAUAAAUAAUAAGAAAUUUCUAAUGAAAAGGGAAAUAUAGAUAAAUUUACACAAUAAAUAUAUGACAAAACAAUUAAAAUAUCAAAUUUUUCUUGUAUAUAAACGACGGCUGUUUUAGCUAUUUUCAUAACAAGCAAAACACAAUUGCAAUUAAUAUAACAAUUGAGUUAAAAAUAUCAAAUACUUUGAGUCCUCAUUCAAACAUGCGUUCACUGAUUGUUGUAUUGGCUCUGAUUUUCGUCGUCUUCGCUAUCGGCGACUCUAAGAAUGUUAACCAAAAAUACGCGGAGACCAUAACUAAGGUUAGCAAAGAUGUAAAGGCAACGUUUGCUCAUGAAUUUAAGCAAGGCUCUAAUGUGACCACAUUUGCUCAAAAUGCCAAUAACUGUUGGGUGUGUUCGAGUCCCUGCUCUAUGAUAUACUGUUGUGAUGACGGGUACCCCCAGUGCUGUGUUGUGGGCGGUUAUUGUGCCUGUUGUUCACAUUAAUCUAAAUAUAACGCAUUGAAUAUUAAAUUUAUGAAUUUGUAAAUUAAAUCUUUUUUUUUAAAUAAACACUAAUUUUGUAAAUCAAACCAAA